AUGACUGCCACACAGGAAGAAAUCACGCCAACUAUCCCCCUCUCUAAGCCGCUGCAGGUGGCCUCGCUCUACGUCGGCGACCUUGAUCCCGUUAUCAACGAGCCGCACCUUGUGGAGCUGUUUAAACCGUUCGGCACCAUUCUGAAUGUGCGCGUCUGCCGUGACAUUAUCACCCAGCGUUCGCUGGGCUACGGGUACGUGAACUUCGACAACCAUGACAGCGCUGCGAAGGCAAUGGAGGCUCUGAACUUCAAGCGGGUGGGUGAUAAAUGCGUUCGCAUCAUGUGGCAGCAACGUGACCCGGCAUUGCGCUACAGCGGAAACGGCAACAUUUUUGUAAAGAAUCUCAAGAGUGAAAUAGACAGCCGUGAGCUCAGUUUGCUGUUUAAGAAAUUUGGCGACAUUCUCUCCUGCAAGGUGAUGGAAGAUGAGGGGGGCAAGAGCCGUGGUUACGGGUUUGUGCACUUCAAGGAAGACCAAGCGGCAAAGGAAGCCAUUGAUAAAAUGAACGGUGAGAAGGAUCACGCCGAUGAGACAAAGGAUAUGGGGUUGUGUGUUGCCAACUUUAUCCGUCGCAACGCUCGCCUUGCUACUUUGGUCGCGAACUUUACAAACGUUUAUAUCAAGCAGGUGCUGCCAACGGUAGAUAAGGAAGUCAUUGAGAGGUUCUUCUCCAAGUUUGGCGGCAUUACAAGUUCCGCGACGUGCAAGGACAAGAAUGGUCGUGUAUUUGCUUUUUGCAACUUUGAAAAACACGAGGAUGCAGUCAAGGCGAUAGAGGCAUCUCAUGAGCAGUUUGUGGAUGGUGUCACACCGCCAGGGGAAACGCUUUACGUGCAACGUGCCCAACCAAGAAGUGAACGCCUCAUUGCGCUAAGACAGAGGUAUAUGCAAUGCCAGUCUCUUGGGAACAACCUCUACGUUCGUAACUUUGACCCGGAAUUCACGGAGGAGAAUUUGCAUGAAUUGUUUAAGGAGUAUGGCGUCAUUCGCAGCUGUCGGGUGAUGACGGAUGCAAACGGUAACAGUCGUGGUUUUGGUUUUGUCAGCUUUGAAAAUGCCGAUCAGGCGAAUGCCGCGCUGCGUGAAAUGAACGGUCGUAUGUUAAACGGCAAACCACUUAUUGUCAACAUUGCCCAGCGAAGAGACCAGCGAUUUAUGAUGCUUCGCUUGCAAUUCCAACAGAGACUACAGAUGAUGAUGCAAAGAAUUCACUCCAUGCCAUUUGGCUCGCAAGGUCAACCGCCGAAGCGUCGCAACCCACGCAGCGCACAGCGUGGUGCUGUUGGUGGUGGCCGACAUCACCCUCCCCCGCCAGCCCAUGCCGCAGCCGCAGCCGCAGCCGCAGCCGCAGCCUAUGCAGCAGGACAUGUUCAAUACCCCAUCCAUGGCCUUUGCACCGCCGCGCACGCCGCAAGCAUCCCCUGGUGUCGCCCCCGACACACCGCCGCUGCCGCCCAUCACUGCUGA